CUCCAGAUCCCAGCCUCCCAGGUAGUGAGGAUCACAGGUGUGGGUGAGCCUCUGGCUCGGGGCAGGUGGUCGCUCUUGCUGUUUCCUGGGUGGCUGAGCUGAGUCAGGUAAUGGGGUCACCCCUGGUUUCCUUUCGGGUUCGCGGGGUGCGGGGUGGCCGUGGGGCAGGUCUGGGGGGGGGACGUUGCUCCUCACUGUGAUUCUGGUUCCAGCCUCGGGAUGAACAUCGAGGUUGGGAACGUGUCUCACACGGGCGCCGUCGUCUCCUGGUCCCCGUCGGAGCCCUGUCUGGAGGGCUAUUACCACGUCACGUACAGGCCCAACUGGAACAGCAUCUUCUCCAGCUAUCUCCGCUACAGCUUCCACCGGGAGGAGAGGGUGCCGCGGGCCGCCAGCUCGGUGGCUCUGGAGCACCUGGCCCCCUCCACCCUCUACUUCCUCUGCGUCGGCUGUCAGGAGGCCGCUUUCCCCUACAGACACCACUGCACCAUGUUCCACACGUUGGACAGGAGCCCGCUGGCCGCCGGGGGCUCCCUGGUGGACCCCCAGCUCUCCCUGUGGGUGUUGAUGGCCAUCCUGCUCGCCUGCUUCACCGCCGUCCUGGCAUUCAUCUGCCUGCAGUUCUGGUGCAUCCGCUGCCACGAGCCUCGCUGGUCUUACCGGGCCGGCCACAUGGAGGAAGCCAACGGGCUGGUGAGAUGGCCUGAGGAGGUCCCCGCGCUGGGGCAGAGGGAGGAAGACCUGCAAGGGCUCCCCCUGGUGGAGCUAGCUCGCAAGGACUCCGGAGCUGGUGCCGAGGCGGAGGGGGAAGCGCCCCGCAAUGGCUUUGAGGUGGGGGGGGUCCUACCCAGGGAGGGCGCGGGCCGGCCGGCUGCGCUGUCCCCCGGCAGGGAGUGA